CGUUUUCCCAAAAAAAAGAAAAAAGAAAAAUGGGCAACAAACAAUAACAUCGGUCGUGGGGAUGUAGUGUUAUUGGUUUUUAAAAAUUGAGUAGAAACUAUUUAUUAAUGUGGGGUUAAACAUUUUACUUUAAUUGUUUAGUACCUAACUACAAUUGCUAAUGCCAAGGGCGUGUCCCAUGUCCAUACACUCACGACUACUAGUUAAUUUGGUUUAUGGAUGAACUUUAGAUGGUUAUUAUAUGUUAACGUCUUUGUAAGGGUUUUUUAUUGUUUAUUACUUCUAUUAUUUGUUCUGGGUUUAUCAUUUGUGAAUGUAUCAGAGCAAGUCUAUUGAAAAUGGCUGUUUUAAUAAACGUCAGCUCAAGCUAUUGAAAAUGGCCGAUAACAAUGCACUACCUGAGAAGCAUGAUUCCUCUGCUGACAGUAACUUACCUUCUGAGUCUCUUUCCCAUGUGAAAAAGCACAAGUUUUGGGAAACCCAGCCUGUUGGCCAGUUCAAGGAUCUUGGGGAUUCAAGUCUACCUGAAGGCCCGACUGAGCAACCGACACCCCUGUCUGAAGUCAAACAAGAGCCUUAUAAUCUUCCGACUCCUUAUGAGUGGAUUACUUGUGAUAUGGACUCAGACGAGAUGUGUAACGAGGUGUAUGCUCUCUUGACCAAUAAUUAUGUUGAGGAUGCUGACAGCAUGUUCAGAUUCAUUUAUUCGAAGGAGUUUCUUUAUUGGGCACUUCACCCUCCAGGUUAUUAUAGGAGUUGGCACAUUGGAGUUAGGGUGAAGAAUUCAAAAAAAUUGGUUGCGUUCAUUACUGGGGUUCCUGCAAAAAUCCGGGUCCGUGACACUGUUUUUGUGAUGGCAGAGAUAAAUUUUCUGUGCGUUCACAAGAAACUCAGGUCGAAAAGACUUACUCCGGUCAUGAUUAAAGAGGUCACCCGAAGGGUUCAGUUGGAGAAUAUCUGGCAAGCUGCUUAUACUGCUGGGGUUGUCCGUCCUACGCCCAUAGCUACUUGUCAAUAUUGGCAUAGAUCAUUAAAUCCUAAGAAACUUAUUGAUGUUGGAUUUUCUAGGAUCAGUGGAAGAAUGACAAAGAACAGGACAAUAAAGCUGUACAAGUUACCAGAUCAAACAGUGACUCCCGGGUUUCGAAAGAUGGAACCCCAUGAUGUUCCUGCAGUUAGUCGUUUGCUUAAGAAUUACUUGAAGAAGUUAAUUUUUGCACCAGAUUUUGAUGAGGAUGAUGUAGAGCACUGGCUGCUUCCAAAGGAGAAUGUUGUGGAUAGUUAUUUGGUAGAAAGUCCAGAAACUCAUGAAAUCACUGACUUUUGCAGUUUUUACACCCUCCCGUCUUCUAUACUCGGCAAUCAAAACCAUUCUGCUUUAAAGGCUGCUUAUUCUUUUUAUAACGUGUCGACAAAGACUCCAUUGAUUCGGUUGAUGAAUGAUGCUCUCAUUGUGGCAAAGAAGAAUGAUUUUGAUGUUUUCAAUGCUUUGGAUGUCAUGCAUAAUGAGACUUUCUUGAAGGAGCUUAAGUUUGUUCCAGGAGACGGAGAACUCCACUACUAUCUCUACAACUAUCACCUAAAGCAAGCUUUGAGACCAUCAGAACUCGGGCUCGUCCUCUUAUAAAUUGUGAUUGCGAUUCAAUCUGCAGUAUUCAGGGCACUCAUUUUUCUAAGUUGAAGUUAUACUUUCAUCCAUGGUGAGUUUGACUUUUUGUGAAACAAGGAACAAUAAAUUGUCACUGAACAUUUGGCCCGAGUUCCAUGGGCAAUUAUUUGUUUUAUGCUGAGAGUUGCCUGUUAAUAAAAGAUAAAGUGAAAAUAUUGUUUGCUUCAAUUUGUUUGU